AUGGGCAAGGGAGCUGGCGCCGCCGGCGUGGACGAGCCGCUGCUCCCGGAGCUCUCGGGCGGGCACGGCGGCGGGGCGUCGGUCUCCGGCGCGGUGUUCAACCUGUCCACGAGCAUCAUCGGCGCCGGCAUUAUGUCGAUCCCGGCGGCAAUGCGCGUGCUCGGGGUCGUCCCCGCGCUCGCCCUCAUCGCGGCCGUCGCCCUCCUCUCCGACGUCUCCGUGGAGUUCAUGCUGCGGUACACGGCCUGGGCCAGCGGCACGCCCUCGUACGCGGGGAUCAUGGGCGACGCGUUCGGCCGCCGCGCCGGCGCCGCGGCGCUCAACAUCUUCAUAGCCUUCACCACCGCCGGCACCCUCGUCGUCUACCUCAUCAUCAUAGGGGAUGUGCUGUCCGGGAGCGUGGAGGGGGGAGGCGAGCACGCCGGGGUGCUGCAGGAGCUGUUCGGCCGGCAGUGGUGGACCGGCAGGGAGUUUGUGAUACUGGCCACGGCCGUCGUCGUUCUGCUGCCGCUGGUGCUCCUCCGCCGCGUCGGUGAGUUCGCGUUCAAUUCAAUGCACUGCACCUUUGUUUAUCUUAGUUACAGUAGUUCGAUUGCCUUUCAUUUUUGGCAAUACUACUAUAGCUAG